UCUUUGUAACUUGGAGAGAAAUUACCACAUUUAGGAAAACAAGCGGGGCUAAAUCUCGAAGGUCGCCUCGCAAGACCCGGAGGUAGCGGGUCAAAGACCGGCGAACCGGGAAGACUUGCCCCUGCACUUUGUCCCUCCCAGAUUUCAGAGCUGGCGAGCAGCCGCUCCGCACUGCAGCCCGAGCCAAUUGUGAAAGACCUAAUCAGGCCCAGCCCAGCGGAAGGAACGGUUUCAGAGUUGUUUCUCUUUGAUAAAAGGAGCCCUUCCUUGCUCCUGCUUCUAUUCUCUUCGGUGUUGGACGAAGCACCCUCCAGAAGCGAUUUAGGGAUUGGCGAAAGGAAGCACAUCAAAUGCUCGCCGCGACGAGAAGGAUGAAAUUCUUUCUACAGUGCCUCCAGCUUCUGCCCUUACUGAUCAUCUUCACCUUAGAGUCUCUUCUGAAGCUUUUUAUUCCUAAGAAGAGAAAAUCAGUUACUGGAGAAGUCGUCCUGAUUACUGGAGCUGGACACGGAAUUGGGAGACUAACUGCCUAUGAAUUUGCCAAACUUAAAAGCAAACUGGUUCUGUGGGAUAUAAAUAAGCACGGAGUUGAGGACACAGCUGCUGAAUGCAGGAGGCUGGGUGCGAAGGCUCAUGCCUUUGUGGUAGACUGCAGUAACCGAGAAGAUAUUUACAGCUCUGCAAAGAAGGUGAAGGAAGAAAUUGGAGAUGUUAGUAUUUUAGUAAAUAAUGCUGGUGUAGUCUACACAUCGGAUUUGUUCUCAACACAAGACCCUCAAAUUGAAAAGACUUUUGAAGUUAAUGUACUUGCACAUUUCUGGACUACAAAAGCAUUUCUUCCAGUGAUGAUGGAGAAUAAUCAUGGCCAUAUUGUCACUGUGGCUUCAGCAGCUGGGCAUACUGGAGUCCCCUUCUUACUUGCUUAUUGUUCGAGCAAGUUUGCUGCUGUUGGAUUUCAUAAAGCUUUGACUGAAGAACUGGCUGCCUUAGAAAGAACUGGAGUCAAAACAACAUGUCUCUGCCCUAAUUUCAUAAACACUGGCUUCAUCAAAAACCCAAGUACUGCUUUGGGACCCACCCUGGAACCGGAGGAAGUGGUAGGCAAGCUGGUGAAUGGGAUCCUGACUGAGCAGAAAAUGAUUUUUAUUCCAUCUUCUAUAAGCUUUUUAACAGUGAUGGAAAAGAUCCUUCCUGAGCGUUUCCUGGCAUUUUUAAAACGCAAGAUCAAUAUUAGGUUUGAUGCAGUUAUUGGAUAUAAAACUAAAGGACAAUAAAUCCUACAUGGACUACAUUCCACGUUUAGUUGAUGUAAAUACAUAUCUUCAAAAAUACCUGCUUUCCAAAAGAGUAUUAUAUUUAAGUAGCAUAACUGAAAUUCUUCUUCAUACAUUAGCUAUAAAUAAAUAGAACUGAUAUACCAGGGUUAAGUCGAUUUUAUCUAAUACUAAUCAGAUUUAAUAUUUAGACUUCUGCUUUUCCUCAUUAUCUUUCUUUCUUCAAUGUCAUCUUUUGAGGCCCUGGCAGUCCUCAUUUAUUAUUACUUGUCCUUUAGCAGAAAGCUAAUUUCAUACAAUACAAAGAGGGGAAUAUCUUAGGAAUUGACCUUAUAGAAAAUGGAGAAAAGGAACAGAAAUAAUUUUAUAAUAAUUUCUAAGAUUUUGUGGCUUGUGAAGUCUUUCCAAAAUUUGUACUAUAAAUGUGUAAAUAUAUUUUUAUUUCGAAUUGCACUUCAAUUUUAUAUAAUUCACGUUUCCUUUUCUAUUUUCUGUAAAAAAAAAAAAAAACAACUUCAGGCUCUCUAAAUACACUGAAGGACUAUAUCUAGUGGCAUUUCACAGUUUCAUAUGAUGUAAGAAAUAUCACUCAAACAUUUCAUCUUACACAUUACCACUCUGUUUCCUGAAAGGUGCCUCACAUUCCAAAGCCAGACAUUUUAGCUCAAGGAAACCAGAGAUCGACACGUGUUGCAGGUAUAAAGACAUCAUUGGGAUUUGAGGUAGAGAAUUAGGAGAAUGUACCCGCAAUGGCAACAAUAAACAGAUCAGACUUAAA